AAGAAAGUACAUCCGGAGUACCCCUCAAAUGGUCACAAUUGAUAAUUUAUAUAGAUAUUUUUAGUAAUGUAUUCAGGGACGGAUCUAGCACACAAAUAUUAGGGGGCAUCAAGCAAAUUUUUGAAAAACAUUUAUAUAUUUUUAAAUUUUGUGAGGUAUAUUUAUAGUUUUGCAAAUUUUAAAAUGAUAAAAAAAUGUAAAAGAAAAAUUUAAUGGGGACACGUGUCUCCGGUAUCUUUUCUUAUAUCCACCCUGAAUGUAUUCGUAUUUAAAAGAAAAGGUAUUUGGUAUUGAAAAAGUUGAUAUUUUCUUGUCAACUAUCGCGUAGAUUGUCCCUGUGGCAAACGUUAUACUUAUUCUACGUAUAUUAAAUGCGUACGCCUUUAAAAGGGCUUGUUGGUUUCUUAGAAAAUUUCUUUGGCUAGCGGAAAAACGUUGUCCAUUAUUGGGUAUAACUUUGGUUGACUCCAUCAAACAGCUUGUAGUUGACAUCCUCUCCUCCUCUUGCUCUACCAUUAUAUAUACAACUUACAUCUUCUACUCUUGUCAUUUCAUUACAAAACUCUAACUAACCAUUAAAUCAUUCUUUGAUCUACUAUCUCAUUUCAUUACAAAACUCUAACUAAACAUCAAUCAUUCUUCUACUCUGUCAUUUCAUUACAAAAAUCUUACUGAACAUCAAUUAUAUCCUCAAUGAAGAUCAAUAUCUCCUUUCUUUCAUGCCUUCUUCUUUCAUUUACUUGUCUCUUGUCAUCCCAAAUCAUCAAUGGAGCUUCUCAUCAUGGCAAUACUCAUAAGACUUAUAUCGUGUACAUGGGAGACCCACUAAAGGUGGAUCAUGCAUCGGCAUCAUCUCUACACAGAACCAUGCUUCAUGGAGUCAUUGGCAGCAAGGCAUCUACUUCUUUACUCUACAGCUAUAGGAAGAGUUUCAACGGAUUCGCGGCCAAGCUAACGGAGGAGGAGAAACAUAGAGUAGCCAAACUAGAGGGGGUGGUUUCUGUAUUUCCAAACAGAAAACUCCAAGUGCAUACAACAAGAUCAUGGGACUUCAUGGGAUUAACUCAACAAGUGAACAGGACAGCCUUGGAAAGUGACAUUAUAAUCGGAGUCUUAGACACCGGAAUCUCUCCAGAGUCUGAUAGUUUUCGAGAUCAAGGACUUAGUCCAAUACCAAAGAAAUGGAAAGGGUCUUGUCAAUCUUCCUCCAACUUCACAUGCAACAAAAAAAUUAUAGGAGCUCAAUACUUUCGCAGUGCUGGAUUUUUAGACAUUAAUGAUGUGAAAUCUCCUAGAGAUGAACAAGGCCACGGAACACAUGUUGCAUCAAUAGCUGCUGGAGGAUAUGUUAGCAACGCAAACUUAACGGGGCUUGCCAAUGGAACAGCACGGGGUGGGGUUCCAUCAGCAAGAAUUGCAGUGUACAAAGUUUGUUGGUCUGAUGGAUGCAAUGAUGUAGAUAUCCUUGCAGCGUUUGAUGAAGCGAUUGCUGAUGGAGUUGAUAUUAUUUCAAUAUCUGUUGGAGGAGCUGCUACUGAUUAUUUUCAAGAUUCAAUUGCUAUUGGAUCGUUCCAUGCCAUGAAAAAUCGGAUAUUGACUUCUGCAUCAGCUGGUAAUAGUGGCAACGAACCUGGCAGAGUCACAAAUGUUUCGCCUUGGAUUCUUUCAGUUGCUGCUAGCACGUAUGAUAGGAAGUUCUUGACAAAGGUGCAACUUGGCAAUGGCCUGAAUUAUGAGGGAGUGUCUGUGAACACAUUUACCAGCAAAAAGGGGAAGUACCCUCUGGUAUAUGGUGGAGAUGUGCCAAAUGUUAUGGCUGGUUUUUCAAAGUUUGAUUCCAGGUAUUGUAGAAAAAAUUCGUUGGAUUCGAAGUUAGUAAAGGGUAAAAUUGUACUGUGUGAUGAAUUGAGCAACGGGGAAUCAGUCUUUUUGUCUAGCGCAGCUGGAACCAUUAUGAGAGAUGCAGAAAAUAGAGAUAACACCAAACCUUUCCCUCUUCCUGCAACUUUCCUUGGUGUCGACGAUGGUGAUAAAGCUUUCAAAUACAUUAGAUCUACAAGGAACCCAACUGCCACUAUAUUUAAGAGUGUUGAAGCUGUUGAGAAAAGAACACCAUAUGUAGCCUCUUUCUCAUCAAGGGGUCCAAACUCUAUUACACCAGAAAUUCUCAAGCCAGAUAUUACUGCACCAGGAGUUGGGAUUCUAGCAGCAUGGUCUCCAGCUGCCCCUCUAUCCGGAAUAAAUGGCGACAACAGAAGAGUUUUGUACAACAUUAAAUCAGGAACUUCUAUGUCUUGUCCACAUGCCACUGCUGUAGCUGCAUAUAUCAAAUCCUUUUUCCCUUCUUGGUCUCCUGCUGCAAUCAAAUCUGCUCUCAUGACUACUGCCUUUCCUUUGAAUUCUACCACAAACCCGGAUGGCGAAUUUGCAUAUGGUGCAGGCCACAUUGAUCCCAUUAAGGCUUUAAAUCCAGGCUUAGUAUACGAUGCUGAUGAAAUCGACUAUGUAACGUUUUUAUGUGCACAAGGCUACAACACAACAACUCUACGAAGUGUCACCGGAGAUAACAGCACUUGCAAAAAAACAACUGGAGCUUCCGGAGAUUUAAAUUUACCUUCUUUUGCCAUCCCUACCGCGCCACUGCAGACUUUCAGUCACAAUUUUACAAGGAGAGUCACCAAUGUUGGGUCACCAGUAUCAAAAUACAGCGUCAAAAUAACAGCUCCUCCAUCACUAAAGAUCCGAAUCGAACCGAGCAUUCUGUCAUUCACAUCUAUUGGACAAAAGUUGACAUUUAAAGUCCAGAUUGCAGGACAGAUAGAUAGAGCUAAAGUGUCAGCUUCUUUUGUGUGGGAUGAUGGCAAACAUAAAGUGAGGAGCCCCAUUGUUGUGUAUGAUUCCUCAACAUAACCCAUUUAUUUGUGUAAAUAAAUCUCACAAUUAACCAUUAGGAUUAGGAUUUCAAAAUCGGAAUCCUUUCAUCAAGUGUACAUAAAGUCCAGAGGAACUUCAUUCAUGUAAUACCAAAAUAAUUUCUUUGAUUCAAAUUUAAUUAUUCUUUGUUAAA